AUGUAUUAUGGCUAUGUGCGACCCCCGACAAUUCGACCCCACGACAGUGCGACCCCCGACAAUUCGACCCCACGACAGUGCGACCCCCAACAAUUCGACCCCACGACAGUGCGACCCCCGACAAUUCAACCCCACGACAGUGCGACCCCCGACAAUUCAACCCCACGACAGUGCGACCCCCGACAAUUCGACCCCACGACAGUGCGACCCCCGACAAUUCGACCCCACGACAGUGCGACCCCCGACAAUUCGACCCCACGACAGUGCGACCCCCGACAAUUCGACCCCACGACAGUGCGACCCCCGACAAUUCGACCCCACGACAGUGCGACCCCCAACAAUUCGACCCCACGACAGUGCGACCCCCGACAAUUCAACCCCACGACAGUGCGACCCCCGACAAUUCAACCCCACGACAGUGCGACCCCCGACAAUUCGACCCCACGACAGUGCGACCCCCGACAAUUCGACCCCACGACAGUGCGACCCCCGACAAUUCGACCCCACGACAGUGCGACCCCCGACAAUUCAACCCCACGACAGUGCGACCCCCGACAAUUCAACCCCACGACAGUGCGACCCCCGACAAUUCAACCCCACGACAGUGCGACCCCCGACAAUUCGACCCCACGACAGUGCGACCCCCGACAAUUCAACCCCACGACAGUGCGACCCCCGACAAUUCGACCCCACGACAGUGCGACCCCCGACAAUUCGACCCCACGACAGUGCGACCCCCAACAAUUCGACCCCACGACAGUGCGACCCCCGACAAUUCAACCCCACGACAGUGCGACCCCCGACAAUUCAACCCCACGACAGUGCGACCCCCGACAAUUCGACCCCACGACAGUGCGACCCCCGACAAUUCGACCCCACGACAGUGCGACCCCCGACAAUUCGACCCCACGACAGUGCGACCCCCGACAAUUCGACCCCACGACAGUGCGACCCCCAACAAUUCGACCCCACGACAGUGCGACCCCCGACAAUUCAACCCCACGACAGUGCGACCCCCGACAAUUCAACCCCACGACAGUGCGACCCCCGACAAUUCGACCCCACGACAGUGCGACCCCCGACAAUUCGACCCCACGACAGUGCGACCCCCAACAAUUCGACCCCACGACAGUGCGACCCCCGACAAUUCAACCCCACGACAGUGCGACCCCCGACAAUUCAACCCCACGACAGUGCGACCCCCGACAAUUCGACCCCACGACAGUGCGACCCCCGACAGUUCAACCCCACGACAGUGCGACCCCCGACAAUUCGACCCCACGACAGUGCGACCCCCAACAAUUCGACCCCACGACAGUGCGACCCCCGACAGUUCAACCCCACGACAGUGUGACCCCCGACAAUUCGACCCCACGACAGUGCGACCCCCAACAAUUCGACCCCACGACAGUGCGACCCCCGACAGUUCAACCCCACGACAGUGUGACCCCCGACAAUUCGACCCCACGACAGUGCGACCCCCGACAGUUCAACCCCACGACAGUGCGACCCCCGACAAUUCGACCCAUGACAGUGUGA